CCUACCAGGAAGCUGUGGAUAAAAGUAAAAGAGCUCAUGGCAUCAGCAGGUGGAUUUCCGGCAAGUUUUUACGGUGAGCCAGGUGUGCUUGGGCUCUUAGCCAAUGGGAUCAGUGCUUUCCUCGUCCUACUGCAAAACUUUCACGGAGCCCGGACUGGCAUUCCUGCUGAGGGAGUAGAAAACAUAUUAGCAGGUGUUCAUCUCAUUCUGAUUGGUGGAGUGUGUCAGCUUGUGGCAGGCUUGCUGUCUUUCCGGAAAUAUGAUCAUCUUAGCGGCACGUCAUUUGUGGGAUAUGCAGCGCUUUGGGCGAGCUAUGGGGCCACAAGAAUUUUUCUGGGUGCCAACCAACCAAGUCCAAACUCUUUCAAUGAGUCAGCAAUAACAAAUAGCUCAUUCCAAGAUCUGCCCAUUAACUCUACUUUCAACAAUUCCAUUGAUGCAAUGUACAUCAAAGAGUCUGCCAUAGCUGGGCUGGUACCUUACAUCUUUCUAUCAUUUCUGCUGGCCUUCUGUUCAGCAACGGUAAACUACAUCAUGCCCUUUGUGUUUGGGGCUAUUACUCUCACACUGAUAUUUGAGGCCGUGGGUCUGGUGGCAGGAUGGGCUCUUGUGGUCUCGGGAGUUCUGGAGCUCCUCAUCCUACUCUUUGCCAUAUAUGGCUCAUCAGCACUGCUAAUAAAGGGAAUAACCCAGCGCUAUGUGCUGAAAGGUUUUGGGAAUCCUCUUUUCAAUGUAUUGCUCUUGGGAACCACCAAUGCUGGCAGCUCUCAAAGCUUGGGCCAAGAAAAUAAGAAAAACACCAAAUAUGCUGAACCCAUGGCCUUGGGGUUCUUCUGCGACACUGUCUCAACAUUUAUCUUUGCUUUCUAUGCCUUUGGCUACUUUCCGUCAAUCGCUGUUGCUGCUAUUUGGAUUUCCAUUAAUUCCGCUGCCCAGCUUCUGUCUAGCUAUUACGCAUAUCUGCGUCAAGACUGCUACCAUGCUACCAAGUUUUGCCUGCACUGUACGUUUUGGUUGGUGAAGACCUGGGAAGAGUAUGUUGUAUCUGCAGCUAUCGGUAAGACUGAAGCUGGAGAAGUUAGGCAAGCUAUGGUCGGCAACUGGUUCUUCCUGUCUGCUGCCUUGGUUUUCUGCAUCAUGAGUCUAAACAAAGACUCGUUUGAGCUGGUUCACAAUUCAUUUUUCAUCCUGGUGACCAUAUCAACCAUCUCUCAGAUUCCCAUUGACAGGCACUACAUUUUUUUCGGAGUCACUUGCUCCCUCUUUACUGUCCUUUCCCUGUAUGGCACCUUUGCACGGCUCAUCAACACAAUCGCCGAAAAGACUUUGAUUCCAGUCGGACCCCAGCCUGUCUCAACUGAAUCUCUGAAGAGAUGUCUCAGCCUUCUCAAGAGAUCCAAACGGGAUCAGUCUGAAGAUAAAGGUUCACAGCUCCCCGAUGCUUUAUUCUAUCUCACCAAUGGGGUGGCCGCUCUCUCAGCAAUUCAUGGCAGUAAGCUCGGCCUGGCAGUCUUCGACCUGACUGUUCCCUGGGUGCUCAUCCCAGGAGCCAUUAUCCAGGCCUACGUCAGUCGGCUGCAAGUACAAGGUGGCCGGAGAUUCGGCUCUGUCAUUCCAUCCUUUUUCGCAGCUAUUUGGGCUGCUUGGAGCUGGUUUAGGUUUGCAGGUCAUAGUUUGCACAUAUCCAGAGAGUCAGCUAAUGGCUUUGCAGCUGGGGCCAUAGCAUUCCUGGUCAUUAAUGCUUUCUUGAUUCUAGUUGCUGCCUAUGGCAAUAUUGUCUUGUUGGCAUUGACAACAGUUAUGGAGGUCAUCGUUGUUUGUUUUUUACUCUUUGUGUAUGAAAAGCUCCCCUAUCAGCUGGAAGGUACGUCACAGACUAUAUUAUCAUGUGCAUCUGGUUUCAACAUACAUUGUAAAAAUCACUAA